AUGCUUGUGUGGUUUUUGUGGCUUCCUGUGCUGUUCUCAGAUAUAGCGUUGUCGGAACAUGCAAACGAUUUGCCCUUCAGGACUCUUGUAGAGUUGGCACGUGUUGCUCGCGUAAGUCUGCCUCAACUGCCUGCAAAAUCUGUGCUAUGCUGUGCUGCGUCGCCUGCAUACCAGCGUACGCCUAAAGAGAUAAAGAGUGCAUCAUCGUUGCUGUGCGGCCAAAACGGCGUGGCGGGCGUGGUGCGGGUGGUAGUGAGUGAGCGGAUGUCGUUCCCGUCGGUGCGCAUCGACCGGCAUCUCCGCAACGUGACGAUCACGCGGCAGGAGAACGGGCGCGGCCGCUGCCCCGGCGCCGCGCUCGUCGACCUGCGCGUGGGCUGCCUCGUGGCCGCCGACCGCCGCGCGCGCCGCACGAGACACGCCCUCCAGUAUCUUCCUCUUGUGGGAGGCACCGGACUACUUACUAACGAU